AUGUUCUCCCUGUUUCGCAUAGAGGACGUGAUAAAGAUUGAGCCUCAUUUUAUGGAGGAGGAGUUAAAGAAUGUGAUUGAAUUUUUGAUAAGGGCCAAGUAUGUCGACAAGGUGCUGCAAAAUGUGGGUCUGUGUGUUGGCCUGUACGACAUAUUGGAGGUGAAGAACAGGGAGAUUCUAAAAGGCACAGGGGAAAUUCGAUUUGACGUAAUUUUCAGGCUGGUAUAUUUCCAGCCGUUUGAAAAUGAAAUUAUUGAGGGCUUCGUUAAAAACUCCGAUUCGAAUGGAAUCAUAAUCAGCAUAGGCUUCUUCGAGAACAUCCGGGUGAACUGUGCCAAUUUGAGGGAGCCCAAGGAGUUGUACGACGAGAGCUACGAAAGCGACGAGAGUGAUAAAAAAGAAAAAUGCCUUCUUUUUGAUGCGGAUAAAAAUGAACGACUUGGGAGCGGCAACAGUGGGAAUAACCUUCCUGUGAAUGACCACACCUUUUUUUUUUUUAUUUUUCUUAUUUUUUUGCUCAUUUUUUCGUUUUCCCCUAGUGAUAUCGAGAAGAAAGAGUGGUUCUGGACAUACGAGGGGAUAAAAUUUUUUUACACAAAAGAUGAGUUGAUCAGGGUGCGGGUGCUGGACACCUAUUUUAGCGACCCCAACGAGAUGCGGAAGGAUCAGACGACGCCAUCGAUGUCCAUAACGGUAAGAUAG